CCGGGCGUCCCGCGCAUGCGCACUCUCCGCCUGCCCGCGCUCUUUGGCCUGGAAGACGCAGGACUGCGUCAGCGUGCGCGCUCUGCGUCCGGCCGAGCCGCGCCGCCUGGAAGCGGGGCGCAGGCGUGCGCAUGCGCAUUGCACGGAGGGCGCUCGGUGACAGGUGUCGAGUCCCCUCGGCGACUCGCGAUGGGGUGGCCCGCUUUGCUGCUGCUCUUGCUGUGCGCGGUGCGCGUGCGGGGGCUCUACUUCCACAUCGGCGAGACCGAGAAGCGCUGCUUCAUCGAGGAAAUCCCCGACGAGACCAUGGUCAUCGGGAACUACCGCACCCAGAUGUGGGAUAAGCAGAAGGAGGUCUUCCUGCCCUCGACACCGGGUCUGGGCAUGCACGUGGAGGUGAAGGACCCCGAAGGCAAGGUGGUGCUCUCGCGGCAGUAUGGCUCGGAGGGACGCUUCACCUUCACCUCCCACACCCCCGGGGACCAUCAGAUCUGCCUGCACUCCAACUCCACCAGGAUGGUGCUUUUUGCUGGUGGCAGACUGCGCGUGCACCUAGACAUCCAGGUUGGAGAGCAUGCCAACAACUACCCUGAGAUUGCUGCCAAGGACAAACUGACAGAGCUGCAGCUCCGAGCCCGCCAGCUGCUCGAUCAGGUGGAGCAGAUCCAGAAGGAGCAGGACUACCAAAGGUAUCGUGAAGAGCGCUUCCGUCUGACCAGUGAGAGCACCAACCAGAGGGUCCUGUGGUGGUCCAUCACUCAGACCGUCAUCCUCAUCCUCACUGGCAUCUGGCAGAUGCGGCAUCUCAAGAGCUUCUUUGAGGCCAAGAAGCUGGUGUAAUGUCCUCUCCGAAUGACCCUCUCACCUCAGUUAUUUGGUACUUUCCCCACCCUAUACCUUAUCCACCUGGCUUGUGAGGG